AUGGAAUCGCUUCCCAAUGAAAUUGUGCUCUUGAUAUUUCGCUAUUUGAAAACAUACGAUAUUGUUUAUGCUUUUCAGUUUCUCAAUCAGCGCUACUCGUGUUUGAUUGAAAAAUAUCGUUCGUCGUCGAUUAAUAUCGAUUUGGUCAACGCACCAACACGAAUUUAUAAUUUCUAUUGUUCGUUACUCUUCGAAUCGGAACAAUUCGAUCGAACUCAAGUCGAACAUCUUAAACUCGAAGGUUAUAUGCUGCACAGAUUCGUAUUGGACGAAACCAACUUUCCGCGUUUACAAUCACUCUCAAUUAUCGUUCGACGAACCGAUGAACUAUCGAUCCUGUUGAAAUAUUUCGCGUUUUUCACCAAGAUCAAACAACUUUACAUCAGAAGCGAUGUUUGCUGUUGCGAUCGAAUCUUAUUCGAAGAGCAUGUCAAACAAUAUCUCUUUCAAACAGACAAAACCCGAUUACAAUCGUUAACAUUCGCCACACCGCCUUGCUAUUCGAUUUCCGUGCAAGACAUUAAUUUCGAACAUUGUUUAUUCGCAAAUCUAACUCUUACUGUUCGUGCUAUGAACGAUUUCUGUACAAUACUCAGCAGUGUUCAACAAUUAGAAUCGUUGCGUAUUCGUGUUUUGGACUCAAAUAUUAAUGAACAAAAUCCAUUGACGAUCGCUGCACCGCCGUUGAAUCUCAAACAUCUGUUGUUCAUAUGUUCUCAUCCGAUCUCAUAUGAAGUCAUUCGAAAUAUUUUCAAAACACUGACACCAUUGAAACGGUUGAGUUUCUCGCUAGUUUUCGAUCUUCAAUCUGGUGUUAUCGACGGUUAUCGUCUCCAUUCCGACAUCUUUUCGUAUCUACCGAAUCUGUCGAAAAUUCAAUUCGAAAUCAAAUCCCUAAUUGCCAUGAUGUCCAACGAUUUAAUACGUUCGUUCGAAACUCCGUUCUGGUCUCGUUUUGCUCCGAUUGGUUUUCAUUCCUACAAUCAUAUUUACACUCUUCCAUUUCCAUUUCAUCAUCUCAAUCUCGAUCAAUCCAUACUGAAACAUCAACGCACACGAAAAUGUCACCAGAACUGGCGGUUUGUUCGUGACAUCGAUUUAUACGAUCGAAUUCCGUAUACGAACGAGUUUUUGACUUAUCUUCGUGAUGAAUUCCCUCGUUUGACAUCAUUGACAUUAAAAUGGAAAUUUGAUUUAAUGAGUUCAUCUCCAUCGUUAAUGACAUGGCUUUCCUUAUCAACGAUUCGUCGAUUGACAAUCAAAUCAACUUAUUUACAAAGUCCGGAAGUCAUCAAACAGUUUCUACUUUGUUUACCUAAUUGUGAUACAUUAGAUUGUGAUUAUGUGCUGAUUGCCCGAACAACAUCGUAUUUUCAAGCUGGACAUGUUUUGAACGACUUCGGGAAACGAUUACGUUUAUUAUUAGUCGAUGAAUUACCAUCGGAUUGGAAAGAUCCGAAAAAGAAGAGAAAAAAUGCGUAUUUUCGCCGAUUUCGCUUGUUUUUUCCUAAUAUUGAAUGUUCUCUAUAUGAUUGA